GAAAGGCGCGCCAUUCCGCCGGAGGUUCGACCAGAUGAAGCAGCGGCUGAUCGAAUCGGGCAGCAUCCCCUUCUGGCUUGACGAUCUUAUAGAGACGUCAGCGAGGAAGACGAGGGCGAUGAAUAGGAAGAAGGAGGGUGAAGAAGGGAAGGUGGAUGAAAAGGAAGAUCAGUCUGAGCAGGAGAGUUCCUCGCUCAAGGUCCUCGGGCUGGGCCACAUGCAAGGGAUUUUCUACAUACUGUUUAUCGGCCUCUUGUUCUCCGGCACAGUUUUUCUCGGCGAACUAGUGGCUCAUCGUUAUUGCCGACCUGAAUAUCACUGAUUUAUCGUUCGUGGAAUGGUAAUUCUGCCAUUCCAAUUUCUGGUUGCAUUAGAAUGGCUAGUUGACCUCACAUCUGUCUAUGUUAGCUUGUGCGAAACAUAUAUAGGGUAUAUCCUCCUGUAUGCUCAUCAAUAUCAAAAAUAUUUUAUAUGAAUUUAUUAGUCAUCACGGAUAAAUGUUAGAUAGCAUAAUGUAAUUUAAGCCUAAGAUGCUUCUGUUUUGAAAGAAUGGCGAAUAAAAAUAAAUAUAAGCCAUCAGUGCUUAGGAGAUUCUCAAGCGAUAUAUUAUAUGUUUGCUUGUUUGCUGUAAGUAGCCGAUCAUGCAACGCAUGAAAAAGACAGCUAAAUGCAUUUGCAAAGACUAAUCUACAGUCAAUCGCAAAAUAUUACCGUUAAAAAAUCUAAGAGAGAAACAAAUAAGCAAAAUAUACCAUAUCUCCUUUCCUUAUAUCACGUCUCAGGCCAUGUGUGUCAGAUGGAGUCCUUUCUGUUAUAUCAGAAUGCUUGUACAUCGGUGAAACGAAAGAGAAAUUGUUUUGAAACAAUAGAUAAAUUGUCAAGAUUUAAUACUAUUGUUUAUUAAGCUAAAAGGCUGAGAGGAAAUGUCUCUCGAGGCAUGGCCUUUAAAAGACGUUCAAAUGAGGUCCAUUUGAUCUCAAAAUUAGGUAUGUAGCAAAUUGAAGUUGAUUAAUUUUGCCAAUAAAAAGUUUUGCUUGUUUUCCACACCUUGUGA